AUCGGAUCGCGAACAGUCGUAAGGUGUGCGGUGGCCUUUAGGCAUCGCAUCGGGAAAGCUUGUCGUCUAUGCCUAUCGAGGCUUAUAAUUCAAUGUUAUUGAUCAUCAAUCUUUGCUUCAAAGAUGACAUCUGUUGGAUUUGCUCCAUGCCCUCUAAUUUACCAGAUGGUUUUCCUGUUGAUGUGUAACUAUCCUGGCAUUGGGGCCUCUAUACCCAGUCAGCAUGAGACAAUACAAAGUACACCUCGUGUUGUUCCCAAAAGAAAUAAUGAACAUGUUCCAAAUCUUCCGGGUCAUUUGAAACCAUUAGGGUCUCAUAGGCCCCCAGAGGAUCCUGGGAUCGAUGUCCUUCACAGAGUUCCAGAUCCUUUAGACUUCUUCAAUAAUUACGUCAAGGAUGGAAAGCCUGUGAUCUUCAAAGGAGCUGCCCAGAAUAUGGAUUCGUAUAAGCUAUGGACAGACAAGUAUCUCAGUGAACACUAUGGUCAUCUGAAUGUGGAGGUUGAGGAAGGAAAGAAGGAGAACAGGUCCAAGGAACUUUGGCAGAUGUCCUUGUCACAGUACAUUCAGAGAUACCAGAAGGAAGAUGUCUAUCUGGUCACUGAUGUGCCUCCAGAGAUGUCAGAUGAGUUUUGCCUGCUAAGAUGUCUUCUCUGCGGUGGAUUCUCUACAUCGUUAUUGGAUACCAUCAUGUGGUACAGCAGUGGAGGAACCAAGUCUGUUCUUCACUUUGAUAAUGUUGACAACAUCAACUGCAUCAUGGAUGGGAGAAAGGAAUUCUUUUUAGUUGAUAAGAAAGAAGAAUCAAGUAUCAAGAUUGAUCAUCCAGACCAGUCAUUUAGCGGUGUCGAUGUAGACAGAGUGGAUCUUACCAAGUACCCUGGACUGGGCCAGGUUCCUUGGUACAAUGUCACUAUGGAGAAAGGGGACUGUCUCUUCAUACCGUACAGGUGGUUUCAUGCUGUUCGGUCAUGGGGAAGAAAUCUUGCGGUAAAUGUUUGGUUCCUCCAUCAGCUGUGGUUCAAUAAAGCAGAUUGUUCAGAUGAUCUCUCUACGUUACCAGAAUAUGAGGCUCUGAGCAGCUUCAAAACUAGAGCAAGUUCCUUUGAAUUAUUGAGGUCUGAAAUAGCCAAUUUGAUUAUUGAAAAUGGUGGGUUAAUUACAACAAAGGAGAUGUAUUCAAUAGGUCUUUUCCAACAGUCAACAGAACAGCAAAUAUCACAGCUCUUUCAUUCCCUAGAUAAGAACAAAGAUGAAAGAUUGUCAUUAGAGGAAGCAUACUCAGAGUCUUUCUUGGAAGCAUGUAGGUCAGCAAAUAUAAGGAACGAUGAUGAGGGGGAGGAGCGGGAGGGUGGACAUCAAGAUGAUGAUGUAAAAGAAGAUGACGAUGAAAGAGGGAAUGAAAUAGAGCAGUCAACUGUCGGAGAAGAUGAGCAUGAGGAGUUAUGACAUUCAUGUCAUCGGUUUUUUUUUUAAAGGUACAAUGUCGGUUGCCAUUUGAAAUUUGUGAUGAAACAAGACCUUUCCUUUGUAGCAUAGAGGUAAACAAUCGCUUAAGUAAUACCCAAUCUAGAUUAUUGUUGCAUGCAUAUUUCGGUAAAAACACUGACCAAGAACCAAAAAGAAAUUUCUUUCAUAUUUGUAUCUUAAGCCACUGCAAACCAUCGUGUUGCAGUGCCCCGAAUAGAAAAUUUCAUAAGGAAUCUACCCGUCUAUGCACCCGAUCCUCAUUGUUCUCCACUUUCCACUAAUCUCAGGAUCUACGCAAAUUAUUAUAAUUCAAGAACUCAUGUAUCUUCUCAUAUGAACUAGGAAUAUGAGAUGUAUCUUCAGUUGACAAAUCAUGUCACGAAGGAUGGUUGUCCAAACGUACAUAAUUUAUGGAAUUAGUUUCUUUUGUACUCGGGGAUGAAGAUAUCAUUAGUCUAUCCAAGUAUUUUCCCUAUAAUUCCUUUUUUAUAUGUUGAGGCAUUGAAAUUUUCAGAUUUUCUAAUGUGGGUAAUAACCCUAAAGCAUGUUUUACUUCAAUCAAAUAACCAAACUUUAUUGUUAUUGAGCAGUUAUCACAUGCAGAUUUGUAAGUGUAUGUACAUGGGUUUAAGAAUUGUUUCAGCGACAGAAAUUGAAAAUUCUGUCAACCAAAUCUAGAUUGGCGGGGGGGGGGGGGGUCAGAUCCACCUCAACAUUUUUGUUUUUUUGCAAUGCAAAUGUGUGGCACAAAAACUUUUGCAGUCAUAUUACAUCAUUUUUUUUUCUUUAACCCUAAAAAUAAUAGUUAUUUUUUAUGCCUAAAGUGUUAAGAGAGGGGGCUCAUCCAGGGGGCAUUUUUGAUAUUCUAAAACCAAAGCAAUGUCUUGUAAUAUAAUUAUGUUGUUACUUAUGCAUGCAUGUGUAUGUAACGCAGGUCAUGUAAUCAUAGUAUCAAAUACUUCAUGAAUACUUGCGUCUGUAAAUGAGAUCACUUUCUAGUAUUAUUAUAUGCACUCAAGUGGCCAAAUGACCUGCAAGUGAAUCAAAUUCACUAUUGAAGAAUGCAAAUACUCAUUCCAGCUCAAAUUCCUUUCUUCAUAUGGUUGACAUUGUGUAUAUAUUGUUAUGCUUGUUCAAAAUAAAGUACCUUGAUUUGUCUGUAAGAGUCUAGUAUACAUGUUAGUAGCUUGGAGAAUAUACUUUCAUAAUUUCUGAGGAAACUUGAUUAUGUUCAUAACUGAAAUCUCCAUGAUAAAUUGUGCAUUUUUAUUGAGUUGUAGGCUUGUACAUGGUGGUUUUUAUAUUUUUAUAUAUUUUAUGAUAUAAGGAGUAAAUAAUGAGAAUGUGUGUAUUUGUAUAUAUGUGUUUCAAAGUAAAACUAUUUUCAGUUUAAAAUACAGGGUUAGGAAUACUUGUGUAUUUUAUACAUAUCAUUUUAUAUAUAUAUAUAUAUAUAUAUGUAUGUACAGUAUGUAUAGCUCCAUAUAAAUAUAUAUAGCUCCAUUUUCUUUUAUUAUGCAGUAUUGUACUUGCAAUGUGUAUAAUCAACAUUGGUGUCAAGUGUAGGCCUACUGAAUAUUGCAAAGAUAUUUUUUUGAAGUAGGGAAUAUGAUGAGGCGUUGUAGACUGUCAGAACUCAGAAUUGUGUUUUUGUCUACAUUGAAUUCCUGUUAUUCCAAGGUUAAGGAGUAAUUUAAUCUAAAUAAUUUGGAUGCUGAUACUUCAUGAAACUAUUUCAGGUUACAUCAGUGGCGUACAGAUUGGGGGCUUGAGGGGGUGCUUGCCCCACCCCCAACCCCCCCCAAAAAAAAAAAUGAAAUAUGAUUAUAUUUUCUGAGUAUUAUGUCAAAAUCUAUCAUAAAAUUUGAUUUUUUUUUUUUUUAAAUAAUAGUGAAGAAAUUUUUGCUUGCUCGCAACUUUUUAUAAAUUUUGCCCGAUGCACCAUAUCUGGCCUCCUCAAAAUUUUUGGUUCAUUACGCCACUGGGUGACAUUUGUUAUUCCAAAGGUUCAUAAGACAAAAACAUGCAAAUCGCUUAUAUAUGUUUAUGUAUUCCUCAAAAAGCUGUGAGUACCAGAAUCGGAAGCCUAGCUUAGUCAGGUUAUAUAGGAGAACCUUGGAGACCUAACAAAGUGGAUAUAUGCACUAUAUAAAUACCCUAUAUUUUUGUUUGUAUAUUAAUGCUCCUUUUGGUAACAUACAGUACAUGAACAGUGGUACAGUAGAUUUUUGCAAUAUUUCUUUCUUUUGAAAAUCUAUAUUUUGCAAAUUUACAGAUACAAAGAGACUAGUACUGUAAUAAUGAUGUGGUAACUGGGGAUCGUAUUUGUCAUCUGCAAAAAUAAUAAUGCAGCUUCAGCAUUUCACUGACAUGUUAAUUGUGAUGCAACUUAUUUUAAUUUCACAUUCAUUUCCUUUAAGACAUAGAUGAAAAAUUAUUUCACUUUUACCUCGACUACAUGAAUUGCAGCUUUCUCAGCCAAAAUACUGAAAUACUGUUACUGAUAACUUACUUCUCUUGUAUUUCUAAAUAAUGCAGUAUUAUAAGGCAUAUAUGAACAUGGUAUUAAUUUUUUUUUUUUUUCAAGUAAAUUUUUCAUCACCAAAUUCGAUCUUAACCAAUUGAGUGCUUAUAAAUUACAGUUGCCAGUAAAAAUCAAUUUCAAAUGCUCAUAUUGACACAUACAUGUACUAGUACUCAGUUUCCAAUGUUAUGAUUUCAUGAUAGGCUGUGUAUAAUCCUGGCAUGUGUUCUCAGAUUUGGAAUAGAAAUUGACUUAAGUUUGUAAAUAUUCAUUUGUGAAAAAGGAAAUUUGUUUGAGAACUGGAUUAUUCUCCAUGCAUUUGGCAAGCCCAUAGACACACUUAUUAACCCUUAACGUGCCAUGAACACAUACCUGUGCAUCCAAUGGAGUGCCACGAACACAUUUUCGUGCAACGAUCAUACAGCUAUUGUUAUGCCUAUUGCAUUUUGAGGAGUGCAUUGCAUGAAUGAGUGAUUCCAUUGUUCAGUUCAGCUUAUGGUCAACAGGUUUAACAUAAUUGUCUCAUGAGUGAUUCUCUUCUUUUAUAAAUAAAACAUUUAAAUAUAGACUCUUUGAAAAAAAAGUGGCACUCCCUGAUUACAGUGAAUGGCACAUUAAGAGUUAAAAAACGUCAAUAAUAGACUUCUGAAUUUACAUUACUAUUAAUCAAUUUUUCAUGUUUUCUCAUCUAUUUAUUAAAAAUGAAUUGUAUUUCAUUUGUAUUGUUUUCCCUCUACAAGUAAUCUAAGCCUAUAUGUAUUGGGGGAAAAAUCCAAUAAGAUGAUACAUAGAAUUAACAAGAUUUUCAUUAAUUCUAACUGUUUUCGAUGAAAAAUAUAUAAUGGGUUUACAUACAUGUACUGUUAUUAAUUGUGGUGAAAAUUGCUUUAUGCUGGUUGAUGAAAUUUAACUUAUUAAUCUAAAGGAUAUCUAUCAAAUUUGAUUAUUGUUACAUACAGAUAUAUAUUAGUAUUACAAUUUCAUCUUUAUUGAGAGUUAGAAAUACUUUAGAAGAGGUAUUUAAGACCAAUUUGACCUCGUUGAAAGUGGAUUUUUUAUUAUGAAUUUUAACCAGAGAUCCAUCUUAAAAAGAGUUGAUCUCUCUCAAAUAUGGAAAGCCAUUGACAUGAUUUUCACCUAGGUUGAAUGUACAUUGUUCCUCCAUAAAGAAAAAAUCAAGUUCAUGGUCGGUCAUAACAGUGACCACUUUUAAUGAAUGAUUUUAUCACUAGCUUUCCAUAGUCAAGACUGAUUUCAUCAAUCACAACUCUUUGUAACAGGGCAGCCAAAUCUCAAAGUCUUAAAGAAAGUGUUGCUUUGCUAUGUUUUGACUUGUGGAUAGUAAAGAUCUUCAAAUAAAGUCCAAGCCCUUUGGGAGUGCAUAAAGGUUGUAUAUCAGAUAAGAUAUGCACUACACAAGAACUAUAUUGAUAUUAUUAAUAAAUUUUAUAGUAAACUGCAA